AUGGAAUCUGGGAGAAGGGGAUGGAAUCUGGGAGGAGGGGAUGGAAUCUGGGAGAAGGGGAUUGAAUCUGAGAGGGCGCGAUGGAAUCUGGGAGAAGGGGAUGGAAUCGGGGAGAAGGGGAUGGAAUCAGGGAGAAGGCGAUGGAAUGUGGGAGAAGGGGAUGGAAUGUGGGAGAAGGGGAUGGAAUCGGGGAGAAGGGGAUGGAAUCAGGGAGAAGGCGAUGGAAUGUGGGAGAAGGGGAUGGAAUCUGGGAGAAAGGGAUGGAAUCUGGGAGAAGGAGAUGGAAUGAGGGAGAACAGGAUGGAAUCUGGGAGAAGGGGAUGGAAUAUGGGAGAAGGGGAUGGAAUCUGGGAGAAGGGGACAGAAUCUGGGAGAAGGGGAUGGAAUGAGGGAGAAGGAGAAGGGGAUAGAAUCUGGGAGAAGGGAAUGGAAUCUGGGAGAAGGGGAUGGAAUCUGGGAGAAGGGGAUGGAACAAGGGAGAAGGGGAUGGAAACUAGGAGAAGGGGAUCGAAUCUGGGAGAAGGGAAUGGAAUCUGGGAGAAGGGGAUGGAAUCUGGGAGAAGGGGAUGGAAUCUGGGAGAAGGGGAUGGAAUUAGGGAGAAGGGGAUGGAAGCUGGGAGAAGGGGAUGGAAUCUGGGAGAAGAGGAUGGAAUCUGGGAGAAGGGGAUGGAAUCUGGGAGAAGGGGAUGGAAUCUGGGAGAAGGGGCUGGAAUCUGGGAGAAGGGGAUGGAAUCUGGGAGAAGGGGAUGGAAUCUGGGAGAAGGGGAUGGAAUCUGGGAGAAGGGGAUGGAAUCUGGGAGAAGGGGAUGGAAUCUGGGAGAAGGGGAUGGAAUCAGGGAGAAGGGGAUGGAAUAUGGGAGAAGGGUAUGGAAUCUGGGAGAAGGGGAUGGAAUCGGAGAGAAGGGGAUGGAAUAUAGGAGAAGGGGAUGGAAUCUGGGAGAAGGGGAUGGAAUCUGGGAGAAGGAGAUGCAAUUAGGGAGAAGAGGAUGGAAUCUGGGAGAAGGGGAUGGAAUCGGGGAGAAGGGGAUGGAAUCAGGGAGAAGGGGAUGGAAUAUGGGAGAAGGGGAUGGAAUCUGGGAGAAGGGGAUAGAAUCAGGGAGAAGGAGAUGGAAUGAGGGAGAAUAG